UUGUAAAUUUGUUUGAGUUCAUUGUAGAUUCUGGAUAUUAGCCCUUUGUCAGAUGAGUAGAUUGCAAAAAUUUUCUCCCAUUCUGUAGCUUGCCUGUUCACUCUGAUGGUAGUUUCUUUUGCUGUGCAGAAACUCUUUAGUUUAAUUAGAUCCCAUUUGUCAAUUUUGGCUUUUGUUGCCAUUGUAAGUAUUUCAUAUUAUCUCUGAUAAAAAGCAUAUAAGUACAUUUUAUAAACACAGCCUUGUACCUGAAGAUUUAAGUCCAUUUAUAUUGGUCAUAAUUACUAAAUUUAUAAAUUAGAUUUAUUUGUACCUGGUUAUCUUGUGCUUUUGUUUGUUCUCCCUUAUUCUUUACUUCAUUUCUUCUCUCUUCUCACCUUCUUUUGGACUGAUUAUUAUUUUCUCAUUUUUUUCCUCUUCUAUUUUGAAAGUUGUAUACACUGUAUUCUAAAGGAAAGCAGUAUUUUUAUCCUUCUCCCCCCAAACACAAGAAACUCAAUAUUAUUCUCUUCCCAUCUGUACGCUAUUGCCAAGUAUUUUAGUCCUAUCAUGCUUUUCUAACUCCAAAAGAUAUUUUAAUUCUGUUUCAUUCCAUCAAUAUUAGCUUUGGUUUACCCACAUUUGCCAUAUUCUUUGUUCUUUAAUCCUUUGUUUACAUCAGACUUUCUAUCUGGGGUCAUUUUCUUCUGCCUGAAAAAAAUAGCCUUUAGAAUUUUCCUUACUGGGUGUUUAAAUGUUGCAAACUCUCUGAGUUUUGGGUUGUUUAAAAAUGUCUACUUAGCCCUCAUAUUUGAGAGAUGUGGAACCUGAGAUUCAACUUCUGCAUCAGUGUUUUUUUCCUCUCAGUACAGAUCUGCCAUUUUCUGGCCCCCAUUGUUGCCAUUAAGAAGCAAGCUAUCAAAUUAAGCAUCACUUCUUGAAAGGUUGUAUGUCUUCUCUCUAUGGAGGACUUUAUCUUCUCAUGGUUUUCAGUUUUCAUUUUGCUGUGUCCAGGAGUGCAGUUCUAUGCAUUUAUCCUGCUUUAUGAUUAUAUUUAUAGCUUUAUUUUUUUUUGGGGGGGGGACAGAGUCUGGGCUCUGUUGCCCAGGCUGGAGUGCAAUGGCACAAUCUCGGCUCAUUUCAACCUCUGCCUCCCAGGUUCAAGCGAUUCUCCUGCCUCAGCCUCCUGAGUAGCUGGAACUACAGGCAUGUGCCAACACACCUGGCUAAUUUUUGUAUUUUUAGUAGAGACAGGGUUUCGCUAUGUUGUCCAGGCCAGCGUUGAACUCCUGGCCUCGAGUGAUCCACCCACCUCAGCCUCCCAAAGUGCCGGGAUUACAGGAUUGAACCACUGCACGCAACCAUAGCUGGGUUUUCUCAGUCUGUAGAUGGCUUUCUAAAAACCUCUCAGCUGUUCUCUCUUCGAAUAUUGUUUCUACCCGAUUCUUUCUUUCUCCCUGUCAUUCUCACAUCAGACCUGUGUUAGUCCUUUUCAUUCUCUCCUCCAUGGUUCUCAAACUCUCCUGUUUCUCACCUUGUUUUCUCUCUAUGCUUUGUUCUUGUGGUUUCUUCAGGUUUAUCUUUAAAUUCACUAUUCUGUCUUAGGCCAUAUCUUACCUUCUGUUUUUAGAAGCAAGGUAGUUCUUCCAGAAAAGAACUGCACUUGGUUCCGCUAGGCAAGCAGUACUACUACCAGCCUGGGAUCACUUUAAACUACAUUUUUGAUGGUAUGUUUUUUAGACAACAUAGAUUGUGUGAAUUUGGGUUACAAACCAUGCGAGGGCCAGUGUAUAGUUGCAAAUUCCCAAAGGAGACUUUCCCUGUAUACUCAGUGAUAUGGUUUAUGUCUCAUCUUGACAAAUCUCAUCUUGAAUUGUAGCUCCCAUAAUUCCCACAUGUUAUAGGAGGGACCUGAUGGGAGAUAACUGAAUCAUGGGGGCAGUUUCCCCCCAUACAGUUCACUUGGUAGUGACUAAAUCUCAUGAGAUCUGAUGGUUUUAUAAGGGGUUUCCCUUUUUGCUUGGUUCUCAUUCUCUCUUGUUUACUGCCAUGUAAGACACGGCUUUUGCCUUCCACCAUGAUGGCAAGGCCUCCACAGCCACAUGGAAAUGUGAAUCCAUUAAACCUCUUUUUCUUUUAAAUUACCCACUCUCAGGUAUGUCUUUAUCAGCAGCGUGAAAACAGACUAAUACAGUCAGUGACUCCAUAUAGUAUGUGUCCUCACUGUCCCCUGGGGAGAGGGGCAGGGAGCAUGUUUAUUUGUAGGGUAUAGGCUUUGGGGUCCAGGGUUUAUAUGUGGGGGUGGGGUUUCUAUUAAAUCACAACCUGGUUGGGCCCUAGUCUUUGUCUCUGUUUUUCCAUACCCUGCAAGACCUUGAGCACCCAGGCUCAAAUUCAUGGCAAAUAUCCUCAAUGCAAAAGUUGUCUCUGCUUUUGUUUCUGGGUGCCUGUCUCGAUUCAGUUUUUAAUCUGAGGAUUCCUUACUUUCUUGCCAGCUUGGAGACAUAUUUAUGAUGAACAAUGAGAAGAUAAUACAACAUGAACAUAGGUGCUGCUGCUACGGAAAAUUACAGAAACCCACUAGAGAGCAAUGGAUGGAGCUAAGGCAGAGCCACAGCUGCCUUUCUCAGAAUGUCAGCUGUUGCUAGGGAAACCAGCUGAAUAGAGGGCAAUUACCUAAGGAAGACUCUGAGGAGAACUUUGAUAAACUGGUCAGCAGGUUAUAAGAACACAUGCAUCUUGUUUUAUGAUUGACAAGUGUUUCUGUAAUAUCUGCAAGACCAGCCUCUAAGUAAGUGUGGUUUACUAUUUUAUUCAGCAAUAAUUUAAUAAGUGUCCACACCAUUCCUGGCUGUAGAUGCUUAGUGAAUGUUCGAUGAAUUCUCUGAAUUUUCAGAGACAUGAAAAAAGGCAUCCAAGUGGGCAGCCUUGAUUAACUGGUCAUCCAUGUCAUUGACUCCAAGUUUUUAAAAAAAUGCAAUAGGUGGCCUCAGUGCUCAGAACACAGAAGCUUGAGGCGGAUUCUGGUGUCACCCAGAGCAACUAGACCAACAUUCCAGUGUGGGCGGUGGUGGCGGCCGGCAGGCAGUGAGAGGAAGCCCGCUAGGAGUGUCCUCGUUCCCCGCCUCUCUGGAUGAACCAGACGGAAUAAGCCGCGCCUCCCGCAGGGGCUGCGCCUCCAUAAAUCCCUAGUUGUUGUUUUUUCUUUCUCUCCCCUCUCCUCACCCCCACUCCGAGCUCCGUCCCGCCUUCUCCCUUCGCCAGCGGCGGCCGCGUCCAGGUGCGGAGUCCAUACCAGCGCAAUGGCGUCCAACCCCCAACCGGGGGAGAGUCUGCUCAGGGAACUGCAGGGCGAUUCCCGAAGUCCUCCGUUUUCUGAGAAUGUGAGUGCUGUUCAAAAAUUAGACUUUUCAGAUACAAUGGUGCAGCAGAAAUUGGAUGAUAUCAAGGAUCGAAUUAAGAGAGAAAUAAGGAAAGAACUGAAAAUCAAAGACGGAGCAGAAAAUCUGAGGAAAGUCACAACAGAUAAAAAAAGUUUGUCUUACGUAGACAACAUUUUGAAAAAGUCAAAUAAAAAAUUAGAAGAACUACAUCACAAGCUGCAGGAAUUAAAUGCACAUAUUGUUGUAUCAGAUCCAGAAGAUAUUACAGAUUGCCCAAGGACUCCAGAUAUUCCAAAUAGUGACCCUCGUUGUUCUACUAGCAACAAUAGAUUGAAGGCUCCCUUCGCCAGCGGCGGCUGCGUCCAGGUGCGGAGUCCAUACCGGAGCGCGAUGGCGUCCAACCCCCAACGGGGGGAGAGUCUGCUCAGGGAACUGCAGGGGGAUUCCCGAAGUCUUCCGUUUUCUGAGAAUGUGAGUGCUGUUCCAAAAUUAGACUUUUCAGAUACAAUGGUGGAGCAGAAAUUGGAUGAUAUCAAGGAUCGAAUUAAGAGAGAAAUAAGGAAAGAACUGAAAAUCAAAGAGGGAGCUGAAAAUCUGAGGAAAGUCACAACAGAUAAAAAAAGUUUGGCUUACGUAGACAACAUUUUGAAAAAGUCAAAUAAAAAAUUAGAAGAACUACAUCACAAGCUGCAGGAAUUAAAUGCACAUAUUGUUGUGUCAGAUCCAGAAGAUAUUACAGAUUGCCCAACGACUCCAGGUACUCCAAAUAGUGACCCUCGUUGUUCUACUAGCAACAAUAGAUUGAAGGCUCCCUUCGCCAGCGGCGGCCGCGUCCGGGUGCGGAGUCCAUACCGGAGCGCGAUGGCGUCCAACCCCCAACGGGGGGAGAUUCUGCUCACGGAACUGCAGGGGGAUUCCCGAAGUCUUCCGUUUUCUGAGAAUGUGAGUGCUGUUCCAAAAUUAGACUUUUCAGAUACAAUGGUGCAGCAGAAAUUGGAUGAUAUCAAGGAUCGAAUUAAGAGAGAAAUAAGGAAAGAACUGAAAAUCAAAGAGGGAGCUGAAAAUCUGAGGAAAGUCACAACAGAUAAAAAAAGUUUGGCUUACGUAGACAACAUUUUGAAAAAAUCGAAUAAAAAAUUAGAAGAACUACAUCACAAGCUGCAGGAAUUAAAUGCAUAUAUUGUUGUAUCAGAUCCAGAAGGUAUUAAAGAUUGCCCAACGACUCCAGGUACUCCAAAUAGCGACCCUCGUUGUUCUACUAGCAACAAUAGAUUGAAGGCUCUACAAAAACAGUUGGAUAUAGAACUUAAAGUAAAACAAGAUGCAGAGAAUAUGAUACAGAUGUAUUCAAAUGGAUCUUCAAAGGAUCGGAAACUCCAUGGUAUAGCUCAGCAACUGCUCCAGGACAGCAAGACAAAAAUAGAAGUCAUACGAAUGCAGAUCCUUCAGGCAGUCCAGACUAAUGAAUUGGCUUUUGAUAAUACAAAACCUGUGAUAAGUCCUCUUGAACUUCGGAUAGAAGAAUUAAGGCAUCAUUUUAGGAUACAGUUUGCAGUGGCAGAAGGUGCAAAGAAUGUAAUGAAAUUACUUGGCUCAGGAAAAGUAACAGACAGAAAAGCACUUUCAGAAGCUCAAGCAAGAUUUAAUGAAUCAAGUCAGAAGUUGGACCUUUUAAGUUACUCAUUAGAGCAAAGAUUAAAUGAACUCCCCAAGAAUCAUCCCAAAAGCAGUAUUAUUAUUGAAGAACUUUCACUUGUUGCUGCAUCACCAACACUAAGUCCACGUCAAAGUAAGAUAUCUACACAAAAUCAAUAUAAUACACUAUCCAAACCAGCAGCAUUAACAGGUACUUUGGAAGUGCGUCUUAUCGGCUGCCAAGAUAUCCUAGAGAAUGUCCCUGGACAGUCAAAAGCAACAUCAGUUGCACUGCCUGGUUGGAGUCCAAGUGAAACCAGAUCAUGUUUCAUGAUCAAAAUGAGUAAAAGUAAAAGCAGAAGUCAUGGAAAUCUUCUAAAAACCGAUGACUUGUCCAAUGAUGUCUGUGCUGUUUUGAAGCUCGAUAAUACUGUGGUUGGCCAAACUAGCUGGAAACCUAUUUCCAAUCAGUCAUGGGACCAGAAAUUUACACUGGAACUGGACAGGUCACGUGAGCUAGAAAUUUCAGUUUAUUGGCGUGAUUGGCGGUCUCUCUGUGCUGUAAAAUUUCUGAGGUUAGAAGAGUUUUUAGACAACCAACGGCAUGGCAUGUGUCUCUAUUUGGAACCACAGGGUACUUUAUUUGCAGAGGUUACCUUUUUUAAUCCAGUUAUUGAAAGAAGACCAAAACUUCCAAAACAAAAGAAAAUUUUUUCAAAGCAACAAGGCAAAAGAUUUCUCAGAGCUCCUCCAAUGAAUAUUAUUAUUGCCACUUGGAGAAGGCUAGUAAGAAGAGCUAUUCCUACAGUAAAUCAUUCUGGCACCUUCAGCCCUCAAGCUCCUGUGCCUACUACAGUGCCAGUGGUUGAUGUACACAUCCCUGAACUAGCACUUCCAGCUAGUGAUUCUACAGCAAUCAAACUGGACCUUGAUCUUGAGCCUGAACCUCCUCCAGCCCCACCACGAGCUUCUUCCCUCGGAGAAAUAGAUGAAUCUUCUGAAUUAAGAGUUUUGGAUACACCAGGACAGGAUUCAGAGACUGCUUUUGAUAUUGAGAAUGACAGAAAUAAUAUGCUUCCAAAAUCUCAAUCUGAAUACAAGCCUGAUACUCCUCAGUCAGGCCUAGAAUAUAGUGGUAUUCAAGAACUUGAGGAUAGAUCUCAGCAAAGGUUUCAGAUUAAUCUACAAGAUUUCAGGUGUUGUGCUGUCUUGGGAAGAGGACAAUAUGGAAAGGUGCUUUUAGCUGAAUAUAAACACACAAAUGAGAUGUUUGCUAUAAAAGCCUUAAAGAAAGGAGAGAUUGUGGCUCAAGAUGCAGUAGACAUCCUGAUGCGUGAAAAAAGAAUUUUCGAAACUGUGAAUACUGUAAGGCAUCCCUUUUUGAUGAACCUUUUUGCAUGUUUCCAAACCAAAGAGCAUGUUUGCUUUGUAAUGGAAUAUGCUGCUGGUGGGGACCUAACGAUGCACGCUUGUACUGGUGAUGUCUUUUCUCAACCAAGAGCUGUAUUUUAUGCUGCUUGUGUAGUUCUUGGGUUGCAGUAUUUACAUGAACACAAAAUUGUUCAUAGAGAUUUGAAAUUGGAAAACUUAUUGCUAGAUACGGAGGGCUUUGUGAAAAUUGCUGAUUUUGGUCUUUGCAAAGAAGGAAUGGGAUAUGGAGAUAGAACAAACACAUUUUGUGGCACUCCUCUAUAUCUUGCCCCAGAACUAUUAACAGAAACUUCUUAUACAAGGGCUGUAGAUUGGUGGGCCCUUGGUGUGCUUAUAUAUGAAAUGCUUGUUGGUGACUCUCCCUUUAUUGGUGAGUUUGAAGAGAAAGUUUAUGACAAUAUUGUAAAUGGUGAAGUAAGGUAUCCAAGGUUCUUAUCUACAGUAGCCAUUUCUAUAAUGAGAAGUCUGUUAAGAAGAAAUCCUGAGCGGCGCCUUGGGGCUACUGAGAAAGAUGCAGAGGAUGUAAAAAAGCACCCAUUUUUCUGGCUAAUUGAUUGGAGCGCUCUGAUGGAGAAAAAAGUAAAGCCACCAUUUAUACCUACCAUAAGAGGACGAGAAGAUGUCAGUCAUUUCGACGAUGAAUUUACCUCAGAAGCACCUAUUCUGACUCCACCUCAAGAACGAAGGAUACUUUCGGAAGAGGAGCAGGAAAUGUUCAGAGAUUUUGACUACACUGCUGAUUGGUGUUAAGUUGCUAGACACUGCGAAACCAAGCUGACUGACUCACAAGAAGACCUCUUAAAAAUAGCAACCCUUCAUUUGCUCCCUGUGCCACCAAUAGCUGAUGAGUUUUGAUUUGUUUUGUUUUUUUUAAUUGAAACACGUGAAGAUUUGUUUAAAAGUACCAUUCUAAUACUUCUUCAAAAGUGGCUUCUCAUUGUACUUCAGCGUAAAUAUGAGCACCGGGAACAGUUUCAUGGAGUUUAAGUUGAGUGAACAUCGGCCAUGAAAAUCCAUCACAAAUACUUUUGGAUCAAUAGUCUAUUUUAAAAAAGAAAGGAAAAAACCACUUGUUUGCAGUCCCUAGCUUUGCCAUAUGCCCGCCUUAAGUGGAAGGAAAAUUAAUCACUUAACGAUGUUUUACAAAAAGCAUUCCAAGGCCUUUUUUUCUUUUUGUAAAACAUAGUUAAGUGAUUAAUUUUCCUUCCACUUAAGGCGGGCAUAUGGCAAAGCUAGGGACUGUAAAAAAGUGGUUUUUUUCUUUCUUUUUUAAAAUAGACUAUUGAUCCAAAAGUAUUUGUGAUGGAUUUUCAUGGCCGAUGUUCACUCAACUUAAACUCCAUGAAACUGUUCCCGGUGCUCAUAUUUACGCUGAAGUACAAUGAGAAGCCACUUUUGAAGAAGUAUUAGAAUGGUACUUUUAAACAAAUCUUCACGUGUUUCAAUUAAAAAAAAAAAAAAAAAAAGAAGCUAACACCAGUUAGCACGUUAGGGUCAUUAUACCUCAGGAAUAGCAAGCUGUUAAGUACCCAUACUGAAUUAACUAUUUAAUCACAGUGAGCUCAUCUCUGAAAAAUUGUCCAGGUGUAAAUCUUAUGAGAAACAUGAAAAAGAACACUGAUUUAUGGAGAGUUGAGCUAAAAACAUUUAUAAAUAUUUGCUGGGAUGUUUUAGCAUCUUUUCAUUGUACUCUGAGAACAAUUAAAAUUGUCCAGAGAUCAUUUA